UCUUCAAUUCGCUCUCUCUCUCUCUCUCUCUCUCUCCAAAUUUGACGAACAAUGUCAGGGAAGGGAGAAGGACCGGCUAUAGGAAUUGAUCUCGGAACAACGUAUUCAUGCGUCGGCGUUUGGCAACACGACCGUGUAGAAAUCAUCGCCAAUGACCAGGGAAACAGAACGACGCCGUCGUACGUCGGUUUCACCGACAGCGAGAGGCUUAUCGGAGACGCUGCGAAGAACCAGGUCGCCAUGAAUCCUGUCAACACUGUUUUCGAUGCAAAGAGGUUGAUUGGAAGGAGAUUCAACGAUGCCUCAGUUCAAAGCGAUAUUAAGCUAUGGCCAUUCAAGCUAAUUCCCGGACCUGGUGACAAGCCCCUCAUUGUUGUUAAUUACAAGGGCGAAGACAAGCAAUUUGCUGCUGAAGAAAUCUCUUCAAUGGUCUUGAUUAAAAUGAGGGAAAUUGCCGAAGCCUUCCUCGGUUCAACUGUGAAGAAUGCUGUCGUAACUGUACCAGCAUACUUCAACGACUCCCAACGCCAAGCCACAAAGGACGCAGGUGUAAUUGCGGGUCUCAAUGUGAUGCGUAUAAUCAACGAGCCAACGGCAGCAGCCAUUGCUUACGGUCUCGACAAAAAGGCCACAAGUGUCGGCGAAAAGAAUGUGUUGAUUUUCGAUCUUGGAGGUGGUACGUUUGAUGUUUCUUUACUGACAAUUGAGGAGGGUAUAUUCGAGGUCAAGGCGACAGCUGGUGACACCCAUCUCGGAGGUGAGGACUUUGACAACAGAAUGGUCAACCAUUUUGUGCAAGAGUUCAAGAGGAAGAACAAGAAGGACAUUAGUGGAAACCCGAGAGCGUUGAGGAGAUUGAGAACUUCGUGCGAGAGGGCGAAAAGGACUUUAUCUUCCACCGCCCAAACAACAAUUGAGAUUGACUCUCUAUAUGAGGGUAUUGACUUUUACUCAACCAUUACUCGUGCCAGAUUUGAGGAGCUGAAUAUGGAUUUGUUCAGAAAGUGCAUGGAGCCGGUUGAGAAGUGUUUGAGGGAUGCGAAGAUGGAUAAAAGUACCGUGCACGAUGUUGUCCUUGUCGGUGGGUCCACUAGGAUUCCGAAGGUGCAACAAUUACUACAAGACUUCUUCAACGGAAAGGAGCUCUAUCGAAGACGAACACUUAAACUUGGAAAGUUCGAACUUUCCGGAAUCCCACCUGCACCGAGAGGAGUCCCUCAAAUUACGGUUUGUUUCGAUAUUGACGCAAACGGUAUUCUCAAUGUCUCUGCCGAGGAUAAAACAACUGGACAGAAGAACAAGAUUACCAUCACCAACGACAAGGGCAGACUUUCGAAGGACGAAAUUGAAAAGAUGGUCCAAGAGGCGGAGAAGUACAAAUCAGAAGACGAAGAGCACAAGAAGAAGGUUGAGUCGAAGAAUGCUCUUGAGAACUACGCCUACAACAUGAGGAACACUGUCAAGGAUGAAAAGAUUGCUUCGAAGCUGAAUGGUGAUGACAGGAAGAAGAUUGAGGAGGCUAUUGAGGAGGCCAUUCAGUGGCUCGACGGGAACCAGUUGGCUGAGGCAGACGAGUUUGAUGACAAGAUGAAGGAGCUUGAGGGUAUUUGCAACCCUAUUAUUGCUAAGAUGUAUGCUGGUGGUGAAGCGCCUAUGGAUGAUGAUGUCGGUGCUCCUCCUAGCGGCAGUGGAGGCGCUGGCCCCAAGAUUGAGGAGGUCGACUAAAUUGUUGGUCGGAGUUAUUAUCCAUAAUGUUUUUCGUUUUUAUUUUAUUUUUAUGUUAAAGACUGAAUUCAAUUUUUGAAGUGUGAUUUUGGCUAGUAUCUUAGUGUUACUUUUACUCAAGAUCAUAUUAUGAUUGCCUUAGAACUCAGUUUCUUAUUUCUAUGGAAUUUUUUGGCAGCUAUUUCCUUGGUU